GAGGAAGCCGCAGCCUUGAAGGUGUGAGCUCAUGCGGUAUGAGGAAGGAGCAAGGACGCGCUCCAUUAUAGCAUAUGAUACCAGAUUAUCUUUCAGAAACAGAUUAUCCAUCCGUGCUUAUUUAUAAGUGGCUAACAAGCGUCAUAUGUAACGCACAUAUAGCCCUGUGUCAUGUUCCGUCCGCUGGAGCUCCGUAUGACUCGGCUGAGCGGGCAGUGACGGUCGGACGCCGCGGCUCGCCUCGCUGCCCGGGCGGUGUGAGCCUCUCGCCUUUCACCGUCAACAGGCUGGACAGCGGCGGCGGAGGGUCCGGUUCACCUCGGGUGAAGCAGUCAAGCUGCCGGGCCAGAUGAGGGCAGCUGCCUGUUCUCGCUUCCUGGUUCUUCGAAAAAUGUCGAAGUAGACAUUGCUGUUUUGACUUCAGCGAGCUCCAAACCGAGGCAGCUGUCCAAUCUGUUUACUGGGUCCCGUCCAGCCCGCAGACUGAGCCCCCUCCGGACCCCUGUUUGUCCUGAGGUUACCCUGCCACCCGCCGAGGAUGACAAGAUAGGGCCCUACGUUAACUGACCUCCCUGGCACCACGUAUGGGACCCCACAGAGCUCGGUCCCCCUGGGCGCACUACCAGGACAGCAGCUACUCGGGUCCUGACCCAGAGAGAGAGAAGAGGUGGGCCGAGCUGUUUGAUCAGCUGGACCUCAACAAGGAUGGACGGAUCGACAUCUUUGAACUGCGGGCCGGGCUGGCGGGGAGGGGGCUGUCCCGCAGCUCUGUGGACAGGAUAGUGAAGGAGGGGGACACCAACAAGGACGGGCAGCUGGACUUUGCAGAGUUCACCCACUAUCUUCGCAACAAUGAAAAACAGCUCAAGCUCAUGUUCCGCAGCCUGGACAGGAACAAUGACGGUGAGAUAGAUGCAUCUGAGAUCCAACACGCUCUGCACACGGUCGGUGUAGAUGUUAGUCUAGAGGACGCCGCCAGGAUAUUGCAAAGUAUGGACAGAGACGGCACCAUGACCAUUGACUGGAAUGAAUGGCGAGACCACUUCCUGUUUAACCCUCUCCGUAACAUGGAGGAUGUGGCACGCUACUGGAAGCGCUCCGUGAUGUUGGAUAUAGGUGAGCAGCUGACCGUCCCAGAUGAAUUUUCAGAACAGGAGAAGAGCUCUGGCUUCGUGUGGCGGCACCUGAUGGCUGGAGCCAUGGCUGGGUCUAUUUCCCGUACCGGCACCGCUCCACUGGACCGCCUCAAAGUCUUCCUGCAGGUUCACGGUACCUCUCCUGGUAAAGGGAAUGUGCUGAGAGGUCUGCAGGCCAUGAUAAAAGAGGGGGGACUGAGGUCACUGUGGAGAGGCAACGCGGUCAAUGUCCUCAAAAUCGCCCCAGAGACAGCAAUAAAAUUCACGGCUUACGAAAAGAUCAAGCGUGUGAUUCAUGGCAGUAAUGACACAGGAAAUCUGAAGGUUCAUGAGAGGUUUAUUGCUGGCUCCUUGGCUGGAGCCACGGCUCAGACAGCCAUCUACCCAGUGGAGGUGCUGAAGACCCGUCUCACCCUCAGGAGGACAGGCCAGUACUCUGGAAUACUAGACUGCGCCAAGCAGAUCCUGCAGAAGGAAGGUGUCACAGCCUUCUACAAGGGCUAUUUACCCAACAUGCUGGGCAUCAUCCCUUACGCUGGCAUCGACCUGGCUGUCUACGAGACUCUGAAGACCGCCUGGCUGCACAGGAACAGAGGUUUAGCCGACCCGGGGGUUAUGGUGCUGGUGGGCUGCAGUGCCGUCUCCAGCACCUGUGGACAGCUGGCAAGUUACCCACUGGCCCUGAUUCGCACCAGAAUGCAGGCACAAGUCACAGUGCAGGGUGCCCCCCAGCUCUCAAUGACGAGCGUGUUUCAGAACAUUGUGACCCAGGAGGGGGUGGCCGGACUUUACCGUGGACUUGCCCCAAACAUGCUGAAAGUGAUCCCUGCUGUCAGCAUGUCCUACGUAGUCUACGAAUACACGAGGAAGGUCCUGGGAGAGGGAGGGGAGGAGGGGAGGGAAAAGGAAAGCAAAAAGGGAUAGGUAGAGGUAUGGGACUGCAUUUGUGGGGGGCUUGCAUGUACAAGCACACACACAUCAGCUGCUGCUACACGUCUGCAGUGCAUGAGGUCUUGGAAUUGAGCUGUGGCUGACUUCUGUGGACAUAUGUCCUUGGGGUAUGGGAGAAAGCAAGAUGUAGGAAGAUAAAUGACUGAAAGAACGGACAUUUUUUUCAUAAUAUUCACCUCAGGAUCUAAGUACUGUUCAAUCUGGUGAGGAAGCUUCACAUUUGGAUAACUUCACCUGAACUGGCAGCUGCUACAAUGAAUGUUACAUUUGAUGUAUUGCAUGCAGUGCAUGCCAACACUUGAUGUGAAAGCUAACCAGCCUGCCUCUGUUGCUUCUGCACGUUUUGCACAAAUGAGGACCUGCUUGAACUUGCUUGAGAACUAACAAAUAAAAGCUGCUGCAUGUGACCAGAUUUGGAAGCCAUGUUUGCAUUCCUGUUGUACUGAAAAAUGCACAAGAAGAAAAUUAAAACAUGAAUUUUUCUCCUCUGCGUCAUUAGGUGGAGCAUAGAGAAUGCUUUGGAUAGUAAGGAUGACAGUUGAGUCUCGCUCUCGUCAUCCCAAAAUGAAGGAAUGCUGAAGUAGCUUCUCCUCUGGUUUCCAUUGGAUUUAUAGACUCUGGAAGUCCUUUAAGUGACAUGCCUUCAACAAGUACUACAAACAGUACAAACACAAUGAUCAUGAUCAGACAAUUGUGGAUCUCUCAAGAGCUCAUGUACAAAGCUGAAAUAGCACAAGAGGAUGAGGAUCUUUCGCCUUUACUGAGAGGAUUACUACGACAGAUCACCACAGAGGACUUCAAAUGUUACAGGACUGAAAGCCAUAUGAUUUACUCGUCUGCUGUUGGGGAAACUGGAAUCAACUUUUCUUGCAGCAGUUCAUGUUUAUUUUUAACUCUUGACUGCAAUUGUGUAUGUGUGCGUACAUGUCCGUCUGUCGGUCUCCUUUUCACACAUGUGCACAGCAAACGCACUUACAACACUUACAACAGUUACAAUUACAAUUGUUUCAGUAUAAUGCAUUUUCUGAUGCCAGUGAACACUUUUAUUUGAUGUGACGACCAUUCAUGAAAUCUGGCAAUAUUGAAUUCUCAUAGAAUGCACAAAUGAAUGCAUGUUUGGUGUUGCUUUUAAUUAAAAUAAUGCCAAGGAGCUUUUAAGUAAUA